UACCUAUUUGCACGUUCGCCUUGCCUUCAUCGGCAACUCUGCAUCCACGAACACGGAAGAUCCCGACUUCCUUUUCCGGCAUUUGCCUUUCUUUUCCUGUACUUGUUCGCCCUCUUCCUUUCUUCCUCUUCUCCUCUUCCCUCUUUGCGGCCACUAGUGGGCGAGAAGGCGAUUUCGAGAUGAGUUCCCGAGAGUUGCUCGAAAUCGAUCCCCUGGAGCUCAAAUUCCCUUUCGAACUGAAGAAGCAGAUCUCGUGCUCGAUUCAACUGACCAACAAGUCCGAUGAUUACGUUGGGUUCAAGGUCAAGACGACGAGCCCGAAGAAGUACUGUGUCAGACCCAAUGCUGGGAUCGUUCAGCCCCGAUCCACAUGCGAUGUUAUUGUCACAAUGCAAGCACAGCGUGAAGCUCCGCCGGACAUGCAAUGCAAAGACAAGUUUCUUCUCCAAAGUGUCGUGGUUAACCAAGGUGUUACAGUGAAAGACAUCACGCAGGAAAUGUUUGCAAAGGAGUCCGGGAAUGUGGUGGAUGAGGUGAAGUUGCGAGUUCUCUAUGUGUCACCACCUCAACCACCCUCACCAGUUCCUGAGGGAUCUGACGAGGACUCAUCACCCAGGCCUUCUGUUUCGGAUAAUGGAAAUUCGAAUGCCUCAGAGCUACUUGCUGCGACAAGAGCAUAUGCUGAAGAUAUUCAGCAAGGAAAAUCUUCUGAGAAUUUGACUCUAAUUUCAAGGUUGACUGAGGACAAGAAUACUGCUAUUCAGCAGAACAAUAAGCUUCAACAAGAAUUGGAACUGGUGAGGCAAGAAGUCAGCAAGCAGCAAGGAGGGUUCUCGUUCCUGUUUGUGGUGAUCAUUGCCCUGCUCGGAAUUUUUCUGGGGUGCGUGCUGAAGAAGUAACAAUCCGGUACUCGCUUCGAUUUGACUGGUAGAUUCAUGUUAGGAUCAGUUAUCAGAGAGCUAGCUCACCUAAGGUCCUGAUGGGUUCUAUGACUGUUCAUCCGCAUCUUAGUUGGUGUAACAUCUAUAACUGUGAGUGUGUGAUUUCACUACUUGGCAUCUUUUUUGUUUUGUACUUUGAAUCUUUGUUGUGAGGAGCAAACGUCAAUGCCAUGUCAAGCUUCUCAUCUUUUUUUCUGAAACUUCAACGUUUAAAUCAGACAAUGUGAUGUGACAAUAACAAGUGGUUGAAUACAUGUGUCAUUGAUUUGUGUC